CCUUCGGCUGUUUCCGGAGCCACUCGUUGUAGGCUGCCGAGGCGCUAGCGGAGCGGGCUGCAGAUGUCGGAGCAGCAGGCGGCUGCGGGGCCGGCGGGCCGCGGCGGGGACGGCCCGGGAGUGGAGGGGAGCCAGGCGGCCGCCUCAGAGAAUGAAGAUCUAGAAAACACCAACGUCACCUCUGCAGUGGCUUCGGCCUCUGAUCCAGAACCCUGUUCCUCACCUUACAGGCCACAGACGGUAUCUCCGGCGAGCGAGGAUGCCCCAGAGGAUCUGCGGAAGACAGCCGGUGCCUCGGAGGCGCAGGCCUUGGUGGAACAGGAAUUGCUGCCUGCAGACCAGGCCCAGGUCCUCAACAAGAUGGCCAAGCACCACAUUCCACAAAGGUCCGGGGACAUCGUUAUGAUCCAGUCUGAGCACACAGGAGCUAUAGAUAUCCUUUCAGCUGAUUUGGAAUCUGCAGAUCUCCUGGGGGAUCAUAGGAAAGUGUCCCCCCCUCUGAUGGCUCCUCCGUGCAUCUGGACCUUUGCCAAGAUGAAGGAAUUCAAAAGCAAGCUGGGCAAAGAGAAGAAUAGCCGUCUGGUGGUGAAGCGGGGUGAGGUGGUGACCAUCCGGGUACCUACCCAUCCAGAGGGGAAGCGUGUUUGCUGGGAGUUUGCAACUGAUGACUAUGACAUUGGCUUUGGAGUUUAUUUUGACUGGACCCCUGUAACCAGCACUGACAUAACUGUGCAGGUCAGUGAUUCCAGUGAAGAUGAGGAUGAAGACGAGGAAGAGGAGGAAGAGAUUGAAGACCCUGUCCCAGUUGGCGAUGUGGAGAGAGGCUCCAGGAGCUCCCUUCGAGGUCGUUAUGGGGAGGUCAUGCCUGUGUACCGGCGGGACAGCCACCGAGACGUGCAGGCCGGCAGCCACGACUACCCUGGUGAGGGCAUCUACCUGCUCAAGUUUGACAACUCCUACUCCCUGCUCCGCAACAAGACUCUCUACUUCCACAUCUACUACACUAGCUGAAGGCCGCUGGGGCAGAAGGCAGGCGGGCGCUUGCUGGCUGGGGCAGGCUGCCGGCUGGCGUCUCUUCUGGAUAGGCAAGAGCUAAAAGUUGAGCGUGAGGCUCCUGACCCUCACGUCCUGCCUGGCAUGCCUGACUGUUGACCCCACGUAGCUUUUCCCCCUUCCUGGCUUCCGCAGAUGGUGGUGUAGUGCCCCUGUCUGUGGUCCCUGACUCACACUCCUCUUGCUUCAGACUCCAGCCAAAGUCCCUCUGAAGGAGCCCGUCAGGCAAAAGCCUACAGGGAGGUUGGGUGUUAUCUUGUAAAAUUAGGUCUGUUUGGGUCCAAGGGAUUAUUGCAGUUGCUGCUCUCUCCUCUCCCCGAGCCUUUAUUGCAGAUGUGUUCAGCGGUACCCGCUUUUCACCUUUUGAAAGUGCUGGAGGAGGAAAAGUGCGUUGUCCGCGAAGGAGCCCGGCCUCUUGGAUGGAGAAAGCUCUGUCCAGCCUCGCACCACUGCCGUCUUCCCGCCUGCUGGUUCUUCGUGGUCUGUAGUGCAGGCUGGGAGCCCUCACUGCCUUUGGGGGGGUGGCACUGGUCCCGAUUUUUCGACGCUGCCUCUUGCCCUCCUCUUGCCUUUCCCCACAUCUGUGUCCGGGCCCUUACAGCAAGAACACCCGUGCCGUCUAAAGUGGUGAUCACGUGAUCUACCGUCUGGGGGGGUGAGCACCUCCGGCACUUCCUGCUUCAAGAGGUCGAGGCCCAUAGCCAGGGUGCUGGUGGGUACAGCGGAAAGGGUGGGAAGUAGGUACUGGAUUGAUCUCAGCAUCCACAUCUUCGACAGUCAAGUGUUACUGCAGUACUUUUUUUGUGUAAUCAAAGAAGAAGGGGUAUAAUCUGAGCGAGAAGCAUAAAAAAAUACAACACUCCUGAUUUCCCACCACUCUUUUCUAUCUUUAGGGUAGGAGUGUUAUGUAGAAAUUUGGCUUCAGAACCAAUUGGAGUUCCAGAAUUUCUGGAUGUAGGUUUCUUGCACUGAGAGCUUAAAGCUUUUGGAGUUCAAAGUCUCUUAGAAAAGGAAAUGAAGCUUCACUGUGGCUGCUGAUUGGAGCUGUUCUUUAGCAGGCCAAAGCUGGCAUUUCCCCCUGACUGCCUUUCCCACUGUAUUAGCCCUGAGGCCCGGAGUGCCGGGGGUGGGGGGCUAUAAUCAGUGGUCACCAGAGCAGCAGGCCAGGGCCUCGGGCAGAGAGGGGACCACUGUGGUUGUCUGUGCCUCCUUGUUUCUUAUUCCCUGUGUUGAGUCUGUUGCUGCCUUAGAAUUUUGAGGAAUAAUUCGAUUUAUUUAUUACUUUAUUUAUUUUUUAGCACAUUUCAUUUUGCCUUUGAAACAGUUUCCAUCUGUUUCUUAGAAGGCUUCUGUCUGCUCUGAGCCAUUGAGGUCACCUCUCCUGUGGUGUCAGAUGACGAUUUUAGGAAACGUUAGGAAGUGACAGCGUUCCCUUCCCGCGGUCAGUCCUGGGAUGCUUUGGGGAGGAAUCCGCCCUUCUGAGAUAGAUGAUGCCAUCUUGCCCGGCACUCUUUGUGACGGAUUCUAGGCCGUGAGGGACCCAGCCCAAUCACCCAGGGUGGAGUACAGAGGAACUGACUUGCCGAUCAGGGAUAUGGUAUGAUCCUGGGAUUUCAGAGCCCUACUCUGAGGAGUCAUCUUCUUCAUGACGGUUCCUUUGGCUCAUUCCUUCCUUGUCCAGGUGUCUCACGCCAAGCUUCUCCCCACUGCAGGAGCAGGAACUCGAAGACCAGGGUCCCUCACGGUAGUUCUGUACCAUUGGUGUCCCAGAGCAAAGGGCCAGACAGCCUGCAUUUUCUGCUCCCCUGGGAGCAGAGCCCCAAGUAGGAUAGAAUGCUGUGGACUGAGCCACAUCUUACCUCUAUUAUUCUAUAUUUCAGUGCAUUUUGUAGAGGAUGACACUGGCCAAAAUGCAUCUACCUUGUAAGAAAUGAGAAAUUAUUCUAGUGACUGUCUGUUUGGGCUGUGACAAGCAAACUCGCUGCGUAUGAUGUCAUCAUCAGAUAAGCUGAGUGAGCACUCUUUCGGCACCAAAGUUGAAUCACGCCUUAGCUAAGUGAGGAUAAUCCUUAUAAAAGAAUUUUCUACUGAGCUGUUCUCUAGUCAGCUCAAGCCUUGUUUAUUGUUCCUGUUUAUUAUUAACUUCUGACUUUCUCUUAUAAGAGAGCUGUCAGGCCAUAGCAAGCUCCCUGGGACAACACUUUGUUUAUUUUUCGCCAUGAGAUGCUCUGUACUUAUUUUCUUUGGCAUCCUGAUCCUGGUGCAUCGGGGAAGUUGAAGGGGCCCAUUCCCAUCACCUCUGUGUGCCUCUUACUGUCUGGGCACUUUUGAAGUCCUGGACGUGGUUACAUUUCAUCCUGCACUGGCAUGUCUUUGUCCCAUUAGCACAAAAUGGCUAAAAGAAGGUAUUGUCCAUAUCUGAUUCAUUCCCUUUUCUCCUAUUAAACUUCUGAAAUCAUCACACUUGAGGGACCAAAUAUUACUUGUGGAAGCACACGUAAUUAGUGAGAAUUUCACAGCCCAGCAAAUCCCUUCCUUAAUCUCUCCCUAUCCAAGUGUAUAGAACCAAACAAUGAAAUCAAAGCCAUCUGUCUCACCCUGUUCUCCAGAGCACAAAUAAAUACUAACCAACAGUC